UAUCAUUAUUUUCUCUGCAGAUAUUUCGAUAAAAGGGAUUCUUUUAUCUAGUUUUUAUUUAAAUUCUUUUAAUAUUGAUAUAUUAACAGUAAUGUAUUGCGUUUGACAAAGUGCCCUAUCUAAAGGAAGUGAGUAAAGUGUUCCCAUGGUCGAGACCAGCACGCAAUAAUGAAACAUGUCGCACUAUGGAUCAAUGUACAACAGAACAAAACGAAAGUGACCAGUUGAUCGUUCUUGUAUUUAGUGAAAUAAUUAAGGCUUUUAGGUUUUGUUAAUUAGUUUAUAUAAUGGCGCAAACCGUGAGACGUGCCAUCGAGGGGAGGUAUCCCUCUUGUUACCUCCCCAAUAGAAUAAAGGAAAGAAGAGCCAAAAUGAGAGCGUUAAGGCUAGAACAGCAGCGUAAGCCAGACAAGCCAGAAGACUUUGUGUGUUACUCGGACAGUGACAGCGAGGAGGAGACGCCCACGCAGCAGCACAAAAUACUCUCCACUUCCUACAACUUUGUGGACUAUGUGCGCUCCAGAGAGAUACUGGCACCAGAACCGCGGUCCGUGGAGCCAUCAUACGCCACCCGCCAUAUGCUUACAAAUGACAUGUUCCGCGAAUCCCCCGUCAAUCUGGGCAAUAUGAACAAAGUGUUCUGCUCGCAGUGGCUCUCCGACAGACAGGUGGUGUUUGGCACCAAGUGUAAUAAGCUCAUGGUAUACGACGUCCGCUCCCGCUCGCUGGACGCCAUCCCGACGCUGCGGCCGCGCGCGCCGUGGCCCGGCGCCGAGCACCAGACUGGCAUACACGCGCUACAAAUUAACCCCUCAAGAACAUUGUUAGCGACGGGCGGUCGGAAUUCGUGCGAACUAGCAAUAUACAGCUUGCCCACACUCGACCCUGUGUGUGUUGGGGAGGCACACAGAGACUGGAUUUUAGACAUGUGCUGGUUAGACGAUGAAUUCCUAGUAACGGGGUCUCGAGAUUCAAAAUUGGCGUUGUGGCGCGCGCCGCCGCCCGCCGCGCCGCCCGAGCCGCAUCACGGAUAUAUCUCCCCUGUCGCCUUGAGAGAUUGUAAAGCCGGUCAAAAAGUGCGGGCGAUCACUUUCAACGAGAAAUGGCGUGAAAUUGCCGCUUUAACUUUAAAUGGCUACAUACAUGUGUGGAAUGCGGCGACGUUUCGACAAACCCUGUCUCGUAAACUGCCGUCUUGCCAGGACCUCGUCUGCCUCGCCACACAGGAAAGCGGUAUCUAUGCCAUCGGCUGCAAGUCGUACACCCUACUGCUGGACUGCAGAACUCUACAAUCAGUGAAGAAGAUCACGUCUCGGUACAAUGGCUGCGGCAUCCGCUCGGCCAGCUUCAGAGGCAACAUGCUCACUAUUGGCACGGGGCUUGGCCUAUUGAUGUUCUACGAUCUACGUGCGGGCAAAUACUUGGAAAGUAAUAUCCACUCCUGCAAAACUGUCACAUUGAAAGCUUCUAGAGGAUAUGUGUUCCCGGACGAAGAAGCGGACGGAUUCAACCAAGUGAAGUACGUGCCAGCCAUCUAUACACACUGCUAUGACGACAGCGGUACUCGGAUAUUCACCGCGGGGGGACCCCUACCCGCACCCCUCAUUGGCAACUACGCGGGCAUAUGGCAAUAGUGGGAAAUGGAAGUCCACAGCUGGGCAUAGGUCUCUCUUUGAAACCACUACUUCAUGGUCUUUAUUA